GAAGAAGAAGGGAGAGUGGACUGGCCAAGACUGACUCAAAAGUACUGGAGCUUCUCUGUUUUUCUUGAUCGAUCAUUCCUUUUCCUCUUCUGGUUUUUCUGGAUCGAUCGUCCAUGUCGCGCGCUGCGAUGAUCCACAGCGCUCUGUUCUUGAUGGCUUUCGUGUGUUGUUUCUACCUCUCGGUGACUACAGAUUUCGAUUCUCGGGGAAUCUCGGCUAGGAAGCUGCUGGCGGUGACACGCCCCUGUCCCGGCUGCGUUUCUUUCCCAAGAAAUGUGCCAAAUUUCCGGACGCGAUUCCGCCACCAGCAGAGGAUCCCACCGCGACCACGCAGGGAUCACCCGGAGAGCAAUCAGCUCGUGGGAAGAAAGAUGCUCGAGUACCAAGCAGCAGCAGCAGCAGCAGCAGCAACAGUAGCAAUUGAGAAUCACCACGGGGGUGAUGAUCGCAAACUUGUGAAUGUGAAUCGAUCCAGUGAAGUUCGCGAAGUUCAUCAAAUCGACCACCCGGAUCGAUAUGUUCCUGGGGGCCCUGAUCCUUUACAUCACAGAUCGACGCCUCCAUCCAUGCUCAUUCCCGAUUUGAACUGAAAAAAAAAAACGAGCUUCAUUCUCCGUUUUUUUCUCGUCCUUUACAUUUUGGGAAUAUGCCAGGCAAAAGAAGAUUCGAA